ACCGAGCGCCGCUUGCUCCUGGCCCGGGGGUGGGUGGGAGGGGAGGCCCGAGGCCAUGGAGGUGGCCACGGACCAGCCUCGCUGGAUGGCCCACCACGCCGUGCUCAACGGGCAGCACCCCGAGAGCCACCAUCCCGGACUGGCUCACAACUACAUGGAACCAGCGCAGCUCCUACCUCCGGAUGAAGUCGACGUCUUCUUCAACCACCUGGACUCCCAGGGCAACCCCUACUACGCCAAUUCCGCCCAUGCCCGGGCCAGGGUCUCCUACAGCCAGGCACACGCCCGCCUGACCGGGAGUCAAAUGUGCCGGCCUCAUCUUAUCCACAGCCCCGGGAUCCCUUGGCUGGACAGCAGCAAGGCGGCACUGUCUGCCCAUCACCACAACCCCUGGACCGUCAACCCCUUCACCAAGACACCCCUGCACCCCUCGGCGGCCGGAGCGCCCGGGGCCAUCUCGGUGUACCCAGGCAGCAGCACGUCCAGCACCGCCUCGGUGUCUUCGCUCACCCCGGCCUCGCACUCCGGCUCCCACCUCUUCGGCUUCCCCCCAACCCCUCCCAAGGAAGUGUCCCCGGACCCCAACUCCACCAGCGCCGCCUCCCCUUCGUCCUCCGCCGGGGCCCGGCAGGAGGACAAAGACAGCAUCAAGUACCAAGUGUCGCUGUCGGAGGGGAUGAAGAUGGAGAGCGCCAGCCCGCUCAGGAGCAGCCUCACCAGCAUGGGGGCCCAGCCCUCCACCCACCACCCCAUCCCCACCUACCCUUCCUACGUGCCGGCCGCCCACGACUACAGCAGCAGCCUCUUCCACCCUGGCAGCUUCCUGGGGGGCCCCGCGUCCAGCUUCACCCCCAAGCCGCGAAGCAAGGCCAGAUCCUGUUCGGAAGGCAGAGAGUGUGUGAACUGUGGAGCAACUGCUACCCCUCUCUGGAGAAGAGACGGCACCGGGCAUUACCUGUGUAACGCCUGCGGGCUCUACCACAAAAUGAAUGGUCAAAACCGACCUCUCAUUAAACCUAAGCGAAGGCUGUCAGCGGCUAGGAGAGCAGGGACUUGUUGUGCCAACUGUCAGACAACCACCACGACCUUAUGGCGACGUAAUGCAAACGGGGACCCAGUUUGUAAUGCCUGCGGACUCUACUACAAAUUGCACAACGUGAACAGGCCUCUGACCAUGAAAAAGGAAGGAAUUCAGACCAGGAAUAGGAAAAUGUCCAACAAAUCAAAGAAAAGCAAGAAAGGCUCUGAGUGUUUUGAGGAACUGUCCAAGUGCAUGCAGGAGAAAUCGUCUCCCUUCAGCGCUGCUGCCCUUGCUAGCCACAUGGCACCCAUGGGGCAUUUGCCACCUUUCAGCCACUCUGGACACAUCCUACCAACACCUACCCCCAUCCACCCAUCUUCCAGCAUCUCAUUUGGACAUCCACACCCAUCCAGCAUGGUUACAGCCAUGGGAUAAAACCUGAUGACCAAGAGACCCACCCAGAGAUUAAGAACAUGGGGCUUUGCCUAAGAUGACACAAAGUAAGAAAACGUUCUGCCAAGAGGAGAAUGUAGGGAUGGCAAAAGGGGAUCUUUGCUCCCAUGUGGUUUAACUCUUAAUGCUGGACUAAAACCUUGCAAAUGAUGGGUCUUCUGCAGAAACGUGUAGUGGUGCCUGUAAUGCACUUUGCCCCCUCAGGUAUAAGGAAAAAGAACUCACCUGUUCGAUACUUAAUGGUCCAGCAGGAAGCAAAAGGUGGCAGAAGCUGAAGGAAAAGGCUUGGAACUGGCUUUCCUUUCUCUCUUUGUUAUUACUGUGAAUAUUGUAAAGAGAUAUAAGCAGCCUCCCGGGAUGGAAUCGGCUCACUGGAAGCCAGACAUGCUGGAUUUCUAUCGCAGACUUUGUUUGGGAUGGGGAAAAAGGAGAAGAAGAAAAAAAAAAAGGACACAUUUAUAAAAAUGUAAUUUUUAAAAUGAAAACAGACACAAAGUCAUAUUUAUUUUGCUCUUGUUUUCCACAAAAAGCCUCAACCCCUCUGACUGCAUGUUUUUGUGCUGUUGUUUGCAAUGGCUACCCUGUAAGAAAACCUGCCUUCAAAACAAGGGGGAGAGGGGGGAACAUAUUCAGCAACCCCCUUGGAUUAGCUCCAUCUAUCUUUCAUACCAAAAUAUCUACUGGGAAGGGGGAAAAGAUUAGGGGGGGAACAAAGCAAAAAUUUAGCCGCAAUAUGGGGUUUUAAUGUGCCCAAGAUGGUGAUUAUUUUGACACAAUUUCUUCAUUCUUUUCCCUAACAUGAAAGAUUUAUUUAAAAAACAGCCCCCCUCCCAACUACCCUAUUAUUCCUCAAAACGGACAGUUAGAUCAGACAAACUGUUGGGAAAAAACUCUCGGGAAGGCAAUCCUGCACUAGCAAGGGGCGAGAUACAGGCAUUUACCAAACUGUGUCGCAGCUAACUUCUAGCACAGCAAACACCAUCACAGGGCAUAAAAACAUCCAACUCACAGACUUUAGAGGUUGAAGCAUUUUGUUCUGUUGUGUUGGCAGCUGUCGCUUAAAAAUGCAGAUUAGCUGCUUGGGUAAACUUACGGCAGUGUGGCCACCAUGUCCACACGCAGCCAGCCAGCGUGUGUGCUGUCUCAGGCAUCCAGGCCCCGGUGGACUUCACAGGGAGGAAGGGCAGAAAUGAGGUUGAGAUCACUGGAGAGGGGAAAGAGAGAGACAAUCAGUUUGAGCUUCACACAUCCGUCAAAUCCCAGACACAGCGACAGCUGAUGAGACGAGGGAAAGCAUCGUUCUAAGGGGAACGUCCGUUUUCCGUAGCGUAUUUUAUAUGAAAAAAAAAACAAAAAAAAAGAAAAAAUUUAAAUCUCCCAUUAUUAAACCAUAUUGUACGUAAAGACCGAAAACAAAGCUAUUGCCAAUGUGAAGUGUAUUCUAUUGAUUGUUAUGAUCUGAUGCCUCUCGUGAACACAAGCUCCAGUAUAACAUACAAUGUACAUAUUUAGCUAUACUUCUGAUGAAAAUGCCCCAAUGAACAGAGGGGUUUGAUAAUGUAAACCACGUAAGCUUAACUCUGUGACAAGCUUUUUUUUUUUUUUUUUUAAAUUUUUAACUUUUUUGUUGUUGGGGUUUUUCUUUUUUUUUUUUUGUUUUGGAUCAAGCCAAUUGUAUCUUUACUGCAAAAGUCCUGCUUUAAAGAAGAAAACACGAAACAAAUAAAAAUGGAUGUAUGUUAAUUUUUUUCCUAAACAUGUAAUUCAAAUAUUUGAUAAUGAUUUAAGAACCAAGCAGCCAUGAAAAUCCUGCUUUCCUCCUUUUUCUGGUCUGCGUAGGCAUAUAGGUGCACUUUGUAAAGAAGUGGAAAUAAACGGGAAACUAAAUUGGUUGGGAGAAAUCACAAGAAUUUUUAAUCUACUGAGGUAAAAAAUUGGGUCCUUUUCACUUUUUACCUUUUACAAUGGUACAGUUCUACAUUAUUUGUACCCAACUCAAAUUUCUGUAGGAUUUGGGCAGGGGGGCGGGAAAGGGAUGUGGGUGGAAGACAGGGAUUACUGAUACAGUUGACAAAGUGCAAUAUAUUGUCAGUCACUGCAGCAUAGACAACGGCAGUCAAGAUUUAAAUUAUUUUGUACUUGUAUCAGCAUAAAAAAAUCCUUCAGUAUUUUCUGUUUUUAUUUUAAUUUUUAUUUUGCUUAUUUUUGGAUUAGUGAACUAAGUUAUUGUUAAUUAUGUACAACAUGUUUAUAUAUUGUCUGUAAAAAGUGUAUGCUUUCCUCAUAUUCCUUCAAGGUGAAUAUUGCUAAGAAUAAUAAAAUACCUUUUUUGUGAAA